AUGAGCUGGGGAUUCCUCUGUGAUCUGCUGAGUGGAGUGAAUAAAUACUCAACAGCAAUUGGAAGAAUUUGGGUAGCAGUUGUGUUCAUAUUCCGUCUACUGGUUUACAUUGUGGCUGCAGAAAAUAUCUGGAAAGAUGAAAAUGAUGAAUUUGAAUGCAGUAUCAGGCAGCCUGGCUGUGAAAAUGUCUGCUUUGACCAUUUCUUCCCUGUCUCCCACAUCAGACUUUGGGCUUUGCAAUUAAUCAUGGUCUCUACCCCUUCACUCUUGGUUGUUUUUCAUGUUGCUUACCGAGAGAACAGAGAGAAACACCACAACCAGAAACUUUAUAGAAGUCCAAGACGUAUAGAUGGUGGAUUGCUGUGUACCUACCUUACCAGCCUUAUUCUAAAAAUAGGAUUUGAAAUAGGUUUUCUUGCUCUGUUUUAUAAAUUGUACAAUGGAUUCAAAGUGCCACGUCUUGUGAAAUGUGACAUAAACCCAUGUCCCAACACUGUAGACUGCUAUAUUUCCAAACCCACAGAGAAGAUGAUUUUCCUCUAUUUUCUGGGUGCAACUUCAUGCCUCUGCAUUGUAUUGAAUCUAAGUGAACUGAGUUACCUCAUUUUCAAAUACUCCAUAAAACGUUAUCUGAAGAGGUACACCAAGAAACAUCAAGGCUCUAAAAGUGAUAGCCAGAAAUCAGAAAUCAUCAUCAGCAAGAGGCAGAAGAGCAUGGGGAGAGCCUAUGCCAUCGACAGAGCACAACCACCUUGUAUCUGCAAGAUCACAAUCUCACUUCCCUUUCAGAAAGUGCCUUGUUUAUUCAGUUUUUAAUGGUAUGG